UUUAUUUUAGCAAAUACUGCAGAAGAAGAUUUGGAAUCAAUGGAAUUGACUACAAUUACCAAAAUACCCGGCUCUUUUAAAUAUGUUGUCUCUUAACACUCUAUCUUUCUUUAAUUAUUCUCUCACAGCGCCCGGCAAGAAAACCGCCAUGGCAGUACCACCCGGCACGACAAACGCUUCUGGAACAUCGACCGUGACUACGACAACUGUUAGCACUGUGCCACAAGUACAAUCUGUACAAUCGUUGCACACUCUACAGACCGUACAAGUAAAGAAGGAUCCUGAUGCACAAAAUCAACAGCAGCAACAACAACAGCAACCACAAACCAUGACCGUGACAACGACCAAUAAUGGACAACAACAGCAACAUCAACAGCAGCAACAACAACAGCAGCAAGUACAACAAGUGCAAGUGCAACAGACACAACAAAUACAACAACAUCAUAUUAUAGAUCAAUCGGGUAAUAUAUCAACUGCCACGACCACGGCCAACACACAGCAGCAACAGCAGAACCAGCAACAACAACAGCAGCAACAACAACAGCCACAACAAAUUGUCACACAAACUGAGAAUACCGAUGGCACAACAUCCUUAUCGAUUGCUCAAGUCCAAACACUGCAGGGUCAUCAAAUCCUGGGCAAUAUCAAUCAGGUGAAUAUGACUGAAUAUCAAACACACUCAACAUUGUGAUGAAAAUGAGAUGAGCUUAAAUUAAAA